AUGUUCUCUGUCAUGCUGAUGGACACCUACCGUGAAGAACGCCCCGGGCUCCGCAUCGCCCACAGGACGGACGGCCACCUCCUCAAUCAACGGUGGAUGCACUUCCAAUCGCGCGUAUCCACGACCACAAUUCACGAACUUCUCUUCGCCGACGACUGCGCCCUCAACACCGCCACGGAAGUGGACAUGGACCUCUUCUCCGCUGCCCGCAAGAACUUCAGUCUGGUCAGUAACACGGAGAAGACUGUAGUCAUGCACCAACCGCCACCCAACACAGCCCCUCCCCCCAACGUGCCUCAAAUCAGCAUGAACGGAACCCAACUGCAAGUGGUGUACAACUUCAUGUAUCUGGGCUGUACCCUUUCCCGCAGCACGAAAAUCGACGAUGAAGUAGCCCGCCGGAUUUACAAGAUCAGUCAAGCCUUCGGCCGCCUUCAACGCACAGUUUGGCCUCGUCACGGUCUCCAGCUCAGCACGGAGCUGAAGAUGUACAAGGCCGUCAUCCUCCCGACGCUGCUGUACGGAGCUGGGACAUGGACGGUGUACACGAAGCGGGCACGCCGACUCAACCACUUUCGCCUCAGCUGUCCUUGUCGCAUCCUGAGACUCAGAUGGUGGGGUCGCAUACCGGAUACUGAUGUACUGGAGCAUCGCCGCCGCCAAAGCCAAACGUGA